AUGUUUAUCUAUAAUCUGUAUGGAAGACGUAUUAGUUUAGAAGAAGCGUCAAAUUUACAAAAAUCAAAAUAUGAUCAGUAUUUCCAUCAUAGAAUAUCUUCAUCAAAAUCCAAUAUAGAUGUGAAACAUUCUAAUCUUCAAGUGAAUUCACCAUGGGAUUAUGAAUUACAAAGAUUUUUAAUACAAGGUGGACGUCAAUUAUUAACGCCUAAAAGAUUACCUCAUUGUAAACGUUCUAUACAAAGUGCUGGUUCACGUUUAUUACAAGAAUAUAAAAUAAAACAAAGUGAAUAUGAACAAGAUAUGGAACAGAAACAUGAUACCUCCCAUCGUGUUAAUAAACCUGCUGAUAAUGAUGAUGGCGAUGGUGACGGUGAUAGUGAUGAUGAAGUUUGGAACAUUGAAUUCAAUGGAAAAGAUUAUUCCUCCAAAAAACAUUCCUUAUCAGCUGAUGUUAAUACGUUACAUAGAAAGGAUAAUAUGAAAUCAUACAAUUUACGUAUAAGACUGAAUGAUAUCAUACAAAAAAUUGAAGAUAAUCAAGGUAUGAACAUUGAUACAUUUAAUUAUUUAAAUGAUGACAAUAAAUUGAAUAAAAGUAAAGAGGAUAUUCGUUCUUCAUCACCUUUAUCCAAUUCUACUUCAUCAUGUCAUGCUCUGUUACAUUCAAGUCUUCAUGCAAAGACAUCACCAACAUCAUCAUCGUCAUCUUCAACACCAACAUUUCCUUCCUCUUCAUUCAAUGAAAUUCCUAAUGAUUCUAAUGAUGAAAUCGAUAUUUCUAAUGAAUUCAAAUUACAUUCCAUGAAAAAGAUACGGGUAAGGAUUAUAAAUAAAUUCUUGUUUUCUUUUGAAAGACAUAUCCUUCUUUAUCUGUACAUUGAUAUGAAUAUUAUGUUGAUUCAGAUUCAGAUUUGUGUAGUAAGAAUAGAAGGUCUACGGCGUACACUUUUCCUUUUCUAGUGUGCUUCUAUGAGUGUCCAGUAUUCUCAUGUAUGAGUCAAUUGAAGGUGCGGACACCACUGCUUCGGAUAACAGGUUCAAAGAAUUGAUGACUCGGAAUGAAAACCUGUAUGCUGAGAGUAUUUUGUUCGUUCUUGGCUUUUCUACUCGCGUACUAUGUCUUCUAAG